AACCUGUUCGUUCUCCGGUACUCCGAUCUCGAUGGAUCCAGUAUGCGGAUACUCGUGGCAGCAGCAAGUUCAUGACGAUCGAUAGAGGGAAUCAUAGGAAUACAAGAUGGAGAUCGAGAGCGUUUUAACCGGAGGUUUAACCUCGGUAUCAACCGGACUCUCAUGGUUCUUUCCAGUGCUCGCGGCUGCACUAGUCUAUUUCCAAUACGAAGUAAUGGAUAAUGAAGCACCACCGAUUAAUAUACCUUCCGAAAUACUCCUGCCGUCUUACGAUUUUAUCGUGGUGGGAUCUGGCUCCGCAGGAGCGGUAGUGGCGAGUCGUUUAUCAGAGAUAGAAAAUUGGAACGUGCUACUCCUGGAAGCUGGAGGCGAUGAAACGGAAAUCUCCGAUGUUCCUCUUCUUGCUGGCUAUCUGCAACUGAGCCAACUCGACUGGCAGUACAAGACGGAACCCGAUGGAGACGCCUGUCUAGCAAUGGAGAAUGGUCGCUGCAACUGGCCGCGUGGCAAAGUGAUCGGUGGGAGCAGUGUGUUGAACUAUAUGCUGUAUCUCCGAGGCAACAAGAAGGACUACGACCUGUGGGAGCAGCAAGGUAACCCGGGAUGGUCUUCCAGGGACGUUCUCCACUACUUCAAGAAGUCGGAAGACAACCGGAACCCCUACCUAGCUCGCACACCUUAUCACGCAACUGGAGGGUACCUAACCGUGCAAGAAGCGCCAUGGCACACUCCUCUGGCUACUGCGUUCGUUCAAGCCGGCCAGGAAAUGGGUUACGAGAACAGGGACAUCAACGGGGAGCAGCAGACUGGGUUCAUGAUAGCCCAGGGAACCAUCAGACACGGAAGUCGAUGCUCCACAGCGAAGGCCUUCCUGAGACCAGCCAGGUUGCGCAAGAACCUACACGUGGCCAUGUACGCUCACGUCACGAAGAUUCUAAUCGACCCGAAAUCCAAGAGAACUUACGGAGUGGAGUUCGUCAGGAACAAACAGAUGUUCCGUAUCCGCGCCAAGAAGGAGGUGAUCGUUUCAGCAGGUUCGGUGAACUCCCCGCAGCUACUGAUGCUGUCGGGAAUAGGACCUAAGGAAGACCUCUUGCAGCAUGGAAUACCGGUGAUCCAGGACCUAAGGGUCGGCUAUAAUCUCCAAGACCACGUCGGACUAGGAGGUCUGGCGUUCAUGGUGAACAAAGAGAUCUCGGUGGUGGAGAAGAGACUGUACAAUGUUCAGGUAGUGAUGCAGUACGCUAUCUUCGGCGAUGGUCCUUUGACAGUUCUAGGCGGUGUCGAGGGUCUAGCCUUAGUCAACACGAAGUACGUGAACGCCUCUGACGAUUACCCGGAUAUAGAGCUGCAUUUCAUAUCGGGUUCGACGAACUCUGACGGAGGUAGACACCUCAGGAAGAUUCACGGGCUAACGAAGAGGUUCUACGACGCUGUGUUUGGAUCCAUUAACGAUAAAGACGUCUGGAGCGUGAUUCCCAUGCUUUUGAGGCCGAAAAGCAGAGGGAUUAUCAAGCUCAGGAGCAAGAAUCCUUUCGACCAUCCGCUGAUUUACCCGAACUACUUCAAGGAGCCGGAAGAUAUCGCGACGUUGAUCGAGGGAGUCAAGAUAGGGGUCGCUCUGAGUAGAACCGCGACGUUUAGACGUUUUGGCAGUGAAUUGAAUUCGAAGCAAUAUCCAGGUUGCAAGCAUAUCACUAUGUACAGCGAUCCUUAUUGGGAGUGCAUGAUUAGGCAUUAUUCCGCGACUGUUUACCACCCGGUGGGCACCUGCAAGAUGGGUCCUUAUUGGGACCCAGAGGCUGUGGUUGAUCCUCAGCUUCGAGUUUACGGGGUCACUGGACUUCGAGUCAUCGAUGCGUCCAUUAUGCCAAAUUUAGUCAGUGGAAAUACUAAUGCACCGGUUAUCAUGAUCGGAGAGAAAGGGUCUGAUAUGAUAAAGGAGUUCUGGCUGAAGAAACGGGAUCGGGGAUGAACGGACGCGUCAUUGGAGCAAAGUGAUUUUGUGAUUAUUUAAAAGAAACUUGUAAUUUCGAAUUUUCGUUAAGUUUAGAGUUAGGUAGCAUGAAUCGGAACGCCUAGUAUUUCGUGAAUUGAACAGUUAUAAAUAUUAAGUAUAGACGUUGUGAGAUAAGACUAGAGGUAUCAGUAUAACUGAGUUGACGGUGGUAUAAAGUUACGCGAAGUUUUGUUACGUAUAGACGAAGCUU